CGGAUGUCACCCCCCGCGCACACCUCGGCCGGGGGGCGGGGAGCGAACCACUGAGAUGCGGAGACCUCCCCGGUCCUAGAGCGGAGCAGGAAGUGUCCCGGGGGAGGGAGCGGAGGGCUCCGGCCUUUCCUUUCCUCCGCGUCCGGCGCGCUCCGGCGGCGGCCAGGCCUGCGGGCCCGAGGGGGACGCGCCCGGCGGCGCCGCCACCCGCCCGCGCUUCCCGCCCAGGUGCAGCCCCGGGACGAGCAGGAGCAGGAGCCGGAGCAGGAGCCGGAGCAGCAGGAGCAGGAGCAGGAGCAGCAGGAGCAGGAGCAGGAGCAGCAGGAGCAGGAGCAGCAGGAGGAGCAGGAGCAGCAGGAGCAGGAGGGGGAACGGGAGCGGCGCCGCCUGGUCCCGGCGCGCGCCGGACGAUGCUGCGGGGCGGGGGCCGCGGCCGUGCGCUCCCUGGGCCGGGGCCCCGACGGCAAGGACUCGGCGUGGGCUCCGGAGCCCGCACCUAGCGGCCUGCGGGCCACUGCCUCGAGGGUCCCUGCGGCAGGUCCGGCGCCCCCCGAGCCGGGCAGCGGCGCAGCGAGGCCGCGCCCUGAACCCGCGGCCCCUUCGGAAGUAGGCGGCCGAGCCCCGCCGGCCCCGUCAUGCCCACGGCCCUGUGCCCCCGGGUGCUGGCCCCGAAGGAGAGCGAGGAGCCCCAGAAGAUGCGGGGCCCGCCCGGGGAGAGCCCCCGGCCCGCCGAGGGGCUGCCCAGCCCCGAGUCCUCGCGCCGCCUCUUCCGCCGCUUCCGCUACCAGGAGGCGGCGGGCCCGCGCGAGGCGCUGCAGCGGCUGCGCGAGCUGUGCCGGGGCUGGCUGCGGCCCGACCGGCUGUCCAAGGAGCAGAUCCUCGAGUGCCUGGUGCUCGAGCAGUUCCUGGGCGUGCUGCCGCGCGAGGUGCAGGGCUGGGUGCGCGCGCAGGAGCCGGGCAGCGGCGACCAGGCGGUGGCGGCCGUGGAGGCCCUGGAGCGGGAGCCCGGGCGGCCCUGGCAGUGGCUCAAGCACUGCGAGGACCCGGUGGUGAUCGAUGACGGGGACGGCCCCCCAGACCAGGAGCAGGAGCAGUCGCUGGCCGAGCCCCAGGGCCACCCGGCCAAGGGCCAGGACGACACAGCCUCGGCCCUGGCGCUAGGCCCGGGGCUCCCCAGCAGGCUGCCCGGCCAGCCCAGCGGGGACCCAGCACCGCAGGCCAUGGCUCUGCCCGACCCCGCCGGCUCCAGGGACACACACCAGGAGGCCACCCUGCAGCUGCCCCCGGACAUCAUCUUCUGCUUCUCACAAGAGGACUGGUCGCUCCUGGACCCGGCGCAGACAGGCUUCUACGGAGAGUUCAUCAUAGGGGAAGACUGCGGCGUGGCGCUGGCCCAGGGUGACCCCACGGGACCCCCGCCCCCCGCCCAGGCUGAGGAGAACGAGCCCCGAGUCCCGGAGUGGCCGGAGGUGCAGGAGCAGGACCCGGCCCAGGUCUCCUACGCGGGCCUCCCGAGCGAGCAGCCGUUCCAGGAGGAGGAGAGAACGCGCGACGAGCUGCACGUGCCCGAGUUCCAGAGCGCCCCGCAGAGGGCCCCCCCGGAGAGCGCCUGCCUAGCCGGCGCCAGCGCCCCGUCCCCCCAGGACGACCCCGACGAGGAGGUGAGCAUUGAGAUCGUGCUGUCCAGCUCUGGGGACGAGGACUCGCAGCUGGGCCAGUACUGUGCGGCCGCCAAGGCGGGGGCCGAGGCCCAGCCCUCGCCCCACAAGUCCUACGUGUGCCCCACCUGCGGCAAGGCCUUCCGCUGGCGCGUCAACUUCAUCCGGCACCUGCGCAGCCGCCGGGAGCAGGAGCAGCCCUACGAGUGCUCCGAGUGCGGAGAGCUCUUCGGGGACAGCGAGGGGCUGGACGGCCACCUGGAGACUCACGAGGCCCGCAAGCCCUACCAGUGCGGCGCCUGCGGCCGGAGCUUCCGGCUCAGCUCGCACCUCAACGCACACCGGCGGACGCACCUGCAGGCCGCGGGCAAGGGGGCGCCGGGCCCGGCCCGCGGCAAGCUCAGGUUCUCCUGCUGCCAGUGCGGGAAGGCCUUCCAGCGCCCCGACCACCUGGAGCGCCACCGCAGCGCCCACGCCAAGGACCCGGCCCGGCCGCUGCAGUGCCGCUACUGCGUCAAGCGCUUCCUGCACAACUACAACCUGCUCCGGCACGAGCGCCUGCACAUGAGGCGCCGCUCCAAGCAGGCCCUCAACUCCUACUGAGCCCGCCGGCACCGCAGGGGGCGCCCGCUCCUCCUCAGCCCGGGCGGGGCGGGAGCACCGAGGUGGGACAUGCUGGCGCGGGCCCAGCCCUGCCCACUGGGCCAGACACCUGUGCCGUGCCCACGGCCAGGGGAGGAGUGACCAUGUUUCAGGCGCCGGCACAAGGCUGUCCCUCAGUCUCUCCUGUCAUUUCUGUGACAGCUCGUGGGCAGGUGGGAGGGGCAGUGGGGAACCAGGUUGCGGGUCCUUAGGGGGCCCUGCCCCCAUGGGUCCAUCUCCCUGUACACCAGCCUCAGCUGCCUCGGAGACCGGUACCCAUGCCCCCCCACGUCUGCCCAUGCCAGCAUCUCCCAGACGAGGUGCUGAGGCCCCGUUGAGGCUGGCACCUGCAUCCUGGCCACAUCCUGGGGGUCCAGCCGUGCCCGGGGCAGGUCUGCGCCAUCCGCCACCACUGCUGUCCUAAUCUGGCGCAGUCCUGCCGCUGGGGCCCCACAGCCGGUCAGUGGAUGUGUCCAUUCAGACUGCCAAGCCCCAAAGCGGCCAUGAAAUAAAACCAGCGGCCAAGCCCCAAAGGUA